GUGAGAGAUAGUGGAGACCGGAGGGUCUGGAUCUCUCUCUCUCUCUCUCUCUCUCUCUCUCUCUCUCUCUCUCUGGAUUACCGCUACAUUGUUUCCCUUUUCAGACGCAGGAAUGUUUCGCACGUUUCACACGAACCGUCACCGCUGCUGAGGACGUGUGUGGAAUCUGAUUAAAUCAAAGCGAGUUUGCGGUUUUGCUCGUUCAACACGAGCUGGCUGCAGCUGGGAUGUUUGCUGGCGGGAUGUUUCAGCAAAGCAGCCUGGGAAACAAGCGCUCAGGUGCGGGUAUUACACGAGUCUCCAGCUCACACUUCUUUCCCCCGGGUCCUGGAUCGGGUUCCAGAGCCGGCUCUGUUAGGAGUGACUCACUGAGCUCGAUCAGCUCCGACCCGGAAUACAUCAUGCAGCUGGUCAGUGAUGUACGCAAAUUUGCUGAUGUGUUGCUUCACCUCAAGGAAGCUUUUAACUCCAAAGAGCAACAGGACUGUCUGCACCAGGUGGUUCAUGAGCGUCUAGGAGAGCUGCUGCGUGUGUUGAAGUGUGUGAUCGCUAAACACCCAACACUCAACUCAGUAGACAUCCUCACCGCAGCGGGCACGCUCAUCGCCAAGGUCAAAGGUGUGAACUUCAAGGAAGUGAAUGUGGACAACAAGCGGGAGGUGUUCGGAGAGAUCUACUCGUCCAUAGACACGCUGGCCUUCACCUUCGGCAAUGUAGUGUCUGACUUCCUUAUGGGCGAUGUAGAGAACGGAUCGUCUUUGCGGCUCACACAGACCCGCAGGAGCAGGUCUUCAGAGAACCUGUCAGUAGAGCUGGGUGGAGACGGUCCUGAGAAAAAUGACCCUCCAGGUCCUGCCUCCCCAGUGAGAGCGCUGGAGCUGGACAAUGUUUUGCAACGCAGCGAGAGCGGGGUGGAGUCGGCGCUCCUUUAUGCCAAAGCCUGGUCCAAAUACACCAAGGAGCUGCUCAACUGGGUGGACAAACGCCUCAGUAUGGAUGUGGAAUGCGCCAAAAGCCUCGCCAAGAUGGCCGAAUCAGCAAAGGCGCUCGCCAGCCAGCAGGAUCACAUGCCGUUCCGUGAUAUUUACAUGUUGGCCUUCAAGAACGAUCUUGACUACAGCCAGGUGCUGCUCCAUACAGCCUCUGCUCUACAGGCUAAUAAAUUCAUGCAGCCUCUGAUGGCACGGAAGAAUGAGCUGGAUAAACUGAGGAAGGAGAAGAAGGAGCAGUGGCAGAGAGAGCAGAAGAAAAUGCAUGAGGCUCAAAGUGCUCUGAAGAAAGCUCGCUUGUUGAAGGAUCAGAGACAGGAGGAGUACGAGCGAGCGCGCAGCUCCACCAGCCGAGCUGAGGAAGACCAGCUCACAGCAGGGGGCAAGCAGCUGGAGAAGAGACGCAGACUGGAGGAUGAAGCUCUGCAGAGAGCUGAAGAGGCCAGAGAGCACUACAGACACUGCAUCACCGACGUCAGUGUGAAGAAGCUCGACCUCGCCAAUGCCAAGAGUGACAUCCUCGCCCAGAUCCGUGCUCUCAUCUUUCAGUGUGACCUGACACUCAAAGCGGUGACGGUGAACUGGUUCCAGAUGCAGCAGGCGCAGGCGGUGUCUCUCCCAGUUAAUAACCAGAGCCUGUGUGAGAGCGCCAAGCUGUACGAGCCCGGGCACCGCUACACCCAGUUUGUGAAGAGUCUCACACCGGACAGGAGCCGAGCCGAAUCCUUCUGUUACGACGACGCUGGAACUCAGAGCGUAGGGUCUCCUCUGACCAAGCGGUCGGUCAGCACCAGUUUGUCGUCUCAGGUGUCCAUCGCCUCCGGAGACUGUCUAAGCUCGGACGAGGUGGACGCUCCGGCUCCCAGACGCUCGGGAAAAAUCGCAGAGAGGCGCUCGCACAGCAGCACUGACAUCCAGGCUCUCCGGAUUCAGGUUCCGUUUAAACCCUGGACUACGUCGGGUCAGGGAGGGGGCAUGUGCAGCGACUCAGAAAGUGCGGGGGGCAGCAGCGAAUCUCGCUCCAUGGACUCACCUACUGCUAGUCCAGGAGAUUUUAAAAGGAGACUUCCUAGGACACCUUCUACUGGGACGAUGUCUUCAGCAGACGACCUGGACGAGAGAGAGCCGCCUUCACCUUCUGAUACCGGUUUGAGCGAGAUGGUGACGGAAACGGCGAGUUCUCCUGGACCUUUCCGGAACACACAGAUGUCCAAGGCGGCACAGACCCACAAGCUGAGGAAACUGCGCGCUCCAUCCAAGUGCAGGGAAUGUGACAGUCUGGUGGUGUUUCACGGUGCAGAGUGUGAAGAGUGCUCGCUGGCUUGCCAUAAGAAGUGUUUAGAGACAUUGGCCAUCCAGUGUGGUCAUAAGAAGCUGCAGGGAAAACUGCAUCUGUUUGCAGUGGACUUCGCCCAGGCAGCGAGGAACAGCCCUGACGGAAUCCCGUUCAUCAUCAAGAAGUGCACUUCAGAGAUCGAGAACAGGGCCCUGGGCAUUAAGGGAAUCUACAGGGUGAAUGGAGCCAAGUCACGUGUGGAGAAACUGUGCCAAGCUUUUGAGAACGGGAAAGAUUUGGUAGAGCUCUCUGAUCUGUACCCUCAUGACAUCAGCAACGUGCUCAAACUCUACCUGCGACAGCUUCCUGAGCCUCUCAUCCUUUUCCGUUACUAUAAUGACUUCAUCGGCCUGGCGAAGGAGAGUCAGAGCAUCAUCAUGGAGGAGGUGGAGGCGUCUCGAGGCGGUUCAUCCGCCGAUCCGGCGCAGAUCAGCGUCGAGCUCAAACGUGUCCUCUUCAAAAUGAAAGACCUUCUGAGGCAGCUGCCUUCUGCACAUCACAAAACCCUGCAGUUCCUCAUGCAGCACCUGCACAGAGUAACUGAGAAAGCAGAUGAGAACAAAAUGACCGCCAGUAACCUGGGCAUCAUCUUCGGCCCAACGCUGAUCAAGCCCCGACAGACAGAUGCUGAGGUGUCGCUCUCUUCACUGGUCGAUUAUCCGUACCAGGCGCUGAUCGUCGAGCUGCUCAUCAGGCAUUAUGAGCUGAUCUUCGACACUCCCAUCAGCCCAAUGGAAGAGAGCUCGCCUCUGCCUAUCAAAUCCCGCCUCACCUCUCAGGAGAAGGAACAGCGUCUGAACCGCCACUCCAGGUCCUUAAUGGACAUUAAAGAGCAGCACCACAGUACUAAGGCCUAUAAAAGGCACUCAUCUGUUAUUCCCUCUACACACCUACUGGAGGAGGUGAAAGAGGUGAAAGCAAUGCCUGAUGGGACAGAUUUUGCUCCGGUUGAACCUGAGAGCAUGAACGGUGUGCUCUCCUCGAGGGUACCCGAAGUGCGGAACUCACCCCGACUGGUCAGACAGGGCCACGUCAGCAGAGUGCAGCUUCGGCCACGUCCCAAACCAGGCGCGCGCCCCAUGAGCAUGCCUCCUGAGCGGUUUCUGAACGCCCGCAACUCCGCUGCCGACCCCUCGGUCGUGAAAAGUGACGACCCUGCCAUCAAAGAGGCUUCAGAAGAGGAGAAACCCAAAGGCAGAGCUGCUAAUCAUUACAGGAACAUGUAUAUAGACACUCACACGCUGCGCAGGACUUGGGAUAAACAGUAUAAAACCUACGGCAUCACUCCUCGCACGGCCAUGAUCGUGGCCAAACUCCCCGGAGAGACGGAAAUAAGUCACGUCACACUUUCUUCCACCUCCACGCCAUCGUGUAACAACACUAACAGCAGCACUUGCAUUAGCAAGACAGAUGUAGUCGACUACAGUCGUGUCCAGAACGCCUUUAGACCCCCUCGCACCCUCCAGCCUCCGCCGGGGACUUUCUACAAACCGCCAGGGAACCGGGACAAAGUUUUAGCUCUAGAUCAAAUGUUAGCGCAAGAUCAGACUUUAACAAAAAAAGCAUCAGAGGACAAAAGCCCUACCAUGAAAGAAGACGUGACGAACGCUAACAACAUGGAGGAUGAGGAAGACGACGAGGACGACGAGGUGGAGGAAGGAGUAGAUGAGGAUGAGUUUGGCCUGGAGGUCUCUGUGGACGAAGAUCCUUCUCAAGACCCCGAGCUCAGUCCAAUCCAGACCAAACCGGUUUACCCCAGACUGCGAGCCAAACACAUGCAGGACUUUGAGAACCGAGAAGCCCACUUUGUAUGAGAACUCUAUACAUACAUACUGUAUAAAGAUGAUUUUAUGAACACAUUUUGAGGACACAUUUUUAUACACACACACACACACACACACACACACACACAUAUAUAUAUAUAUAUAUAUAUGUAUUAUAAGCUUUAUAUAUAUUAAUAUAUUACUCCUUGUGUUUGGAGACGGCAGCUUGUGAUGAUGGAACAAGCUCAAAAGCCAGUAUUAAUACAGGAUGCACUUAGUUUUUAUACGCCACGUCAAUUUAGCUUUUUUUUUUAAUACGAACAACAAAGAAAUGGACCUGAACUUAAGGAGAUUUGCAGUCAUCAGAAACAGAAACAUAUCCUGCAUCCGAUAUAAACUGUGUUAAAGACACCAAUAGAGGGACUCCAGCGUCAUUGUGCAAUUUCACUUUUUUAUCAUUGUCGUUGUACUGAACCUUUAAUAUAUGCAUGUUACAGUGUAUUAUGUACCUUUUUACACCAAAAACAAGUUCAUCAAAACUUUUU